CCCCAACCCGCAUCCGUCCCCAACUUCUCCGUUCACUCCCUCAGCGCCGCCGCCGCUGCCGCUGCCGCAGCCGCGCGCCGGGAGAUCGAUCGUCGCGGUUCCACCGGAGAUGGCGUCUCAGCCGCCCGCCCUCGGUGUCCUAGUGCGCGAGCCCGACGGCUUCAGCGUGUGGUCGGGCCCGCCCUACCCGCCGGGCUCCGCCCCGCCGUUGAGGCUCCCGAAGGCGGCGUGCAGCGCCGCGUACUUCUCGAGCGACGGGUCGCGCCUCCUCGCGACGGUGGCCUCGGCCUCGGCCACUGUCUACGACUGCCGGACGCUCUCCGUCGUUAGGUUGUUCGAGCUCCCGGGUCUCCUCGCCGCCGCGCUGUCGCCCACCGGGGCGUUCCUGCAAACUUUCCAGAAGUCUUCCUCGCCGCAGGAGAAGAAUGUCACUGUUUGGCAUGUCGACACUGCCACGCCGCUGUACCAGCACUACCAGAAGAAUAUGUCUAAGGCUACGUGGCCGAUGGUUCAAUUUUCUGCCGAUGAGUCAGUUGCUUGCCGCAUGAUGACUAAUGAGAUACAAUUCUUUGAUCCAAAAGAUUUCACAAAAGGUUUUGUGUACAAAAUUAGAAUGCCUGGCAUAGCUGCUAUGCAGCUAGCAAGUGCACCAGGAUCCCAUGUUGCUGGAUUUGUUCCUGAGGCAAAGGGUAUUCCAGCCAGUGUUCAGAUAUUUUCCUGUGACAAGAAUGCACAGAGCCAAGCUGUUGCUCGCAGGAGUUUUUUUCGCUGUUCUACCGUUCAAUUUCACUGGAAUAAGGGGUCCACUGGGCUUCUAGUUCUUGCUCAAGCUGAUGUAGAUAAAACCAACCAGAGUUACUAUGGUGAAACCAAGUUGAACUAUUUAACAACUGAUAGGGCCUUCGAAGGAAUUGUUCCUCUCAAAAAGGAUGGUCCGGUGCAUGAUGUGCAGUGGUCUCACUCAGGUUCGGAAUUUGCUGUGGUCUAUGGAUUUAUGCCGGCCAGAGCAACAAUAUUCAACAAAAAAUGCAACCCCCUUCUUGAGCUUGGUGAAGGUCCCUACAAUACGAUAAGAUGGAACCCAAAAGGGCGAUUUAUCGUUUUAGCAGGAUUUGGUAAUUUGCCUGGUGACAUGGCAUUCUGGGAUUAUUCAGAAAAGAAAUUGGUAGGAAAGACAAAGGCUGAAUGUUCUGUUACAAGUGAAUGGUCCCCUGAUGGUCGCCAUUUUAUGACUGCUACAACAGCUCCAAGGCUCCAAAUUGACAACUGUAUUAAAAUAUUUGACCACAAUGGAUCUCUGCAGUUCAAGAAGAUGUUUGAAAAGCUUUAUCAGGCUGACUGGAAGCCAGAAGCACCUGAAAGAUUUGGUGACAUUGCUGACCUCACAACAGCAUUGGUUAGCAUAAAAAUAGAAGAAAAACAAGUUUCAGCACAGGGGUCUAAAUCAGCACAAACAUCAAGCAAGGCCCCUACAAAUAUAGCAGCAAAACCAACAGCAUAUCGACCACCGCAUUCAAAGAAUUCUGCAGAUGUUCAGGAUAAGCUUUUUGGUGGACUUGCUUCUACUGGAGGAGAGAUGAGCAAAAAUGCACUGAGAAAUAAGAAGCGCAGAGAGAAACAGAAGGAGAAGAAGGCCGCUGAAGGAUCCGGGGCUCCUGAUGAUAAUUGAUCCACUACUUUAGUCGUCAUUUUUCUCACCCGAGCAAAAAUUCGGUGACAUUAUGUCUCAAUCCGGAAAUGCCAUCGAAUAUGCAUUCAAUAGUGUUCUUGUUACAAAGAACGGCCAAACAUUCUGAUGUUUCUGAAGGGGUUUGAACUGACGAUCUGUAUAACAAUACCACCAAAAGAUACAUCAAAAAAACCAACAACCCUUCAAUUACUGUGCCAGGUGGAUACCAAUGGUAUAUGAAUGAUAUAUGAAUAUGAUAUUA